AUGUCAACGCUAUCAUCAACAGCCAUAUCAUUGACUCUAAUAUUAUAUCUAAUGAGCCGUUGCUUUAAAGCCAUAUAUUUGGCCCUUGUCGAUAGCCAUCGGGAAUGUGUCCUCAAAGUGAUUGCCAACUCGGACUCAGUUUGUGUCUGCAAUCAAACCUAUUGCGAUGACUUUCCACCGAUUACGAGACCAUCGGAACCGGGAGUUGUCUUGCUUUAUGAGUCGACCAAAUCGGGCGCUCGAUUCAAACAUACGGUGCUAAAUGUUAGUCAUGGAGUAGGAGGAGUACCGGAUGAAGGAUAUACCAGUGCUACUAAACGGCGGACAACUAUUCUCAUCGACCGUAGCGUCGAUUUUCAGCCGAUUCAUGGUUUUGGCGGUGCUUUUACCGACACUACGGGAAUGUUAUUGAAGUCGUUGCCCGACUCCCUGUCUCAAGCUAUACUUGAAAGUUACUUUUCGGUCACUGGUAUUGAGUACAGCUUCGGUAGGGUUCCCAUAGCAGGUACCGACUAUUCGGUCCGUCCCUAUACUUACAAUGAUUUCGAGGAUGACAUAAAUCUCACUCAUUUUGCUCUACAAAGUGAAGAUUUUCAAUGGAAGAUACCAUACAUACAAAAAGCACAAACUCUAGCACCGCAUGGACUCAAAUUGAUAGCCUCCUCGUGGAGUCCGCCCGCUUGGACUAAGACAGUCGAACGGAUCAAAAUAUUUGCCAACUUAAAGGGCGAACCGGGCGGUCAAUACUAUCAAUUAUUGGCCAAUUAUUUAGUCAAAUUUUUAGAAAUGUAUAGACAGUACGGUAUUUUGUUUUGGGGACUAACCGUCCAAAAUGAACCGGUUCAGGAUCACGGUAACAAUGGACUCAAAAUGACGGCACUAGAGGAACGGGAUUUCAUUAAAUACAAUUUGGGUCCCACUCUAUGGUCGGCCGGUUUCGAUAGGGAACGACUAAAAUUGUUGAUAUUUGACGACACGUCGCCUCAUAUACGCGAAUAUGUGGACACAAUAUUGACGGACACAGAGGUCACAAAAUACGUGUCGGGCGUAGCGCUGCACUGGUAUUACAACGAAAUUAUGGGUCCAUUUCCCGACCGAGUUCUCGAUUAUGUCCACUACAAGUAUCCAGAUUUUCCGGUUAUCAAUACMGAGGCGUGCAGUUUGACGGGUGCUAUGAAUGGCAAUUGGAAUUACGCUGAACACUAUGCCUACGAUAUUAUUCGGGAUUUAAAUCAUUGGGUAAUGGGUUGGUUGGAAUGGAAUAUGGUUUUAGAUAUGAACGGUGGACCGACAUGGAUGACCAAACACGGUUGCGGUGGACCGAUAUUGGUGGACACUAUAGCCGGCGAGGCCUACAAACAGCCCACUUACUAUGCAUUGGGACAGUUCAGUAAACUGGUAACACCCGAAUCAGUACGUGUUUGGCAUCGACUUAUUGUUGAUCAAAUGGACGCCAAACUGUCGACCAAUGAUUUAUCGGUAUUAACUGUGCGCCGACCCGACGAUGCACUGGUAGUGGUGGCACUGAAUAGCGGCGAUGAACCGAUAGUAUUGCAUAUUAAUGAUUAUAAAACGGGACUAAUAUUUGAACGAUUGAUUAGUGGACAUACAAUACAGUCAUACAUUUGUUUAGGAAAUUUCAUUAAAUACAAUUUGGGUCCCACUCUAUGGUCGGCCGGUUUCGAUAGGGAACGACUAAAAUUGUUGAUAUUUGACGACACGUCGCCUCAUAUACGCGAAUAUGUGGACACAAUAUUGACGGACACAGAGGUCACAAAAUACGUGUCGGGCGUAGCGCUGCACUGGUAUUACAACGAAAUUAUGGGUCCAUUUCCCGACCGAGUUCUCGAUUAUGUCCACUACAAGUAUCCAGAUUUUCCGGUUAUCAAUACCGAGGCGUGCAGUUUGACCGGUGCUAUGAAUGGCAAUUGGAAUUACGCUGAACACUAUGCCUACGAUAUUAUUCGGGAUCUAAAUCAUUGGGUAAUGGGUUGGUUGGAAUGGAAUAUGGUUUUAGAUAUGAACGGUGGACCGACAUGGAUGACCAAACACGGUUGCGGUGGACCGAUAUUGGUGGACACUAUAGCCGGCGAGGCCUACAAACAGCCCACUUACUAUGCAUUGGGACAGUUCAGUAAACUGGUAACACCCGAAUCGGUACGUGUUUGGCAUCGACUUAUUGUCGAUCAAAUGGACGCCAAACUGUCGACCAAUGAUUUGUCGGUAUUAACUGUUCGCCGACCCGACGAUGCACUGGUAGUGGUGGUACUGAACAGCGGCGAUGAACCGAUAGUAUUGCAUAUUAAUGAUUAUAAAACGGGACUUAUAUUUGAACGAUUGAUUAGUGAACAUACAAUACAGUCAUACAUUUGGUGGAUAUAA